AUGCCGGCGAAGCGGCCGCUGGAGGGCGGCGGCGGAGGGGACUCCCCGUCGCCGGCGCGUUCGCCAGCGCUGAAGAAGAGGUGUCGCUCCUUCGACCUAGAGAUCAGGGGAUUCAGGCAUCUGGAGGAGAUGGUCACCAACUGCGUGCAGAGGGUGGAGGCUGCGGUUGAGUCCGUGAUUGAGUCUGCCAUCAGCCGGAUACCAGAAGUGGUGACUAAAGCAAUUACAUGCUACUUAAGCCGUGCUCCUAGUUUGUGCAAACCACUGGUUGACCAGAACCAGCCUCCAAGAUACAAGCUUAGGUUCCUGAAUGGCUUGAGUAAUGAAAUUUUCACAAAGAAGGGAAUCUGCACAGCAAAUGGUGAUCCUCUCAAGAUAUGCCUGGAGGAGAACAACCAACAAGAGAACAAUUCUUGUCGCCUUCUUUCUGCCAAGAUCAAAAUUGUUGUUCUUGAUGGCGACUUCAACAUAGAUAACAAAGAUUGCUGGACAUUAGAGGAUUUCAGCAGACAUAUCGUUCGUCCACGGGACAAGGUUGGGGCAGUGCUGACGGGGGAGCUGGAGCUUAGCCUGAAGGAUGGCAAGGCUGAUCUCCGUGAUGCUACUUUUAUUGAUAACUCCAAGUUCAUGAGGAGUGGCAAGUUCAGGCUUGGGGUAAUGGUUGUUGAUGAGCUUGGUGAACGGAUCCUGGAAGGGGUAACUGAACCUUUCACAGUAAAGGAUCGUCGCGGAGAAGGAUCCCGAAAGCAUGUCAUUCCAUCACUGGAUGAUGAUGUUUGGCGCCUGCAGAAAAUUUCGAAGGAUGGUGUCUUCCAUGAGGCACUCAAAGGGAGUGGCAUCUUUUCUGUGAAGGACUUCUUGACGUCAUAUUACAAGGAUGAACAUACUCUCCGCAAAGUUCUCAACAAGGCCACAAAGCUAGUAUGGACGACUAUUGUUGAUCAUGCUAAAAAGUGUGUUCCUGGAAAGGAGCUUUACUCUUUCAUCGUGGAAGGCCAUGACGUUGUCCUGUUCUUCAACUGUUUCUAUAGGAUUGUUGGAAUCACAUCCAGUGACCAGUACACUCCCUUCAAGGACCUCGAUAAACCGAUGCAGGGGCGUGUGGAACAAUGGAGCAAAGUUGCAUAUGAAACUUUGACCAACCUUCAGCCUGAUUAUGUAAUGGAUAAUGGAAAACCAAGACCAAUCAACCAGAGUAUUUUCCAAGGACUUCAACAGACAAGUGAAGUGCUUUAUUGGCAUGAAAACUCAGAUUGCGCAGAGAGAAAUGUUCAUGAAGCUGAUGAUCAUCAAGGUACUUCAGGCAGUCAUUCCAAGCAGUGCACAUUAAAAAGGCUUGGAUCCAUACGAGUGACGCCAAAUGAAGAAGAUGCGUCUUUUGACAUCAGUGUUUACCUUGGUUCUGGCUCCGAACAAUACCAUGUAAGCACCGCUGCAAAUGACAUACCAGGUUCAGUCACUCUCCAUUGCCCGGCUACCGCUGCAGACGAAUUUUCAGGAUCAGUGUUAUUAAAGCAAGCAUCCUUGACAAUGGUCGAUGAGGACUAUGACAUACCUUUUGUACCCAGUGAUGCUUCACUCCAUCUGUUUGAUGCGUCUGCUUUAGCCGCUUUCACAGAUGAGCCUAUUUACUCUAGGCAUGUCAGCUUCAGAGAGAGCGACUGUCACGAGACGCUAGCCUUCAGAGCAGAAUCAGCUGUUUGA